UCUUCAACUCUUCAACUCUUCAACUCUUUAACUCUUUAACUCUUUAACUAUGACCGAUAAUACUGAAUAUACUUCUGAAUCUGAUAUAUUGGACUCUUUUGUAUAUAAUUUGUUACCAAUAUUCCUUUUUACUACGAAUUUUCUUGAUGAUAAUUGGAAUUACACCAAUUCUAUUGGUAGAAGAAUAUUUGAUGAUGCUAUCUUUCUUGGUACUCCUUUUAUUGGAACUUUAAUUUUAUUAUGGAUUAAAAGUGAUGAUAUCAUUUGGCCUAGUAUUCUUUAUACGAUCCAUUUGUCUUUUUUUAUUAUAUACUUUGUCGCUACUCGAGCUUGGUUAAAUCAUGGUAAGUUAAACCAAAAGAAUUUAACUCAUGAGGAAGAUGUGAAACAUAUAAAAUACGUGUACGAAAAAAUAAUAUGGAAAGUUUGGAUACAUCGUAUACUAUUUUUAUUAACAAUGUCUCAAAUUAUUUUAAUUAUUUUUAACCUGGUAUUCAUGUACAAAUUUUUUCCGAAAAGGCAUUCAACUAAGAUUGACUACAAAUAUUAUAUCUGGGUAGUCUUUCCAUGUUUUGUGGCAAUAUUCUAUUCAAUUGUACAAUCAUUGAUUGUUUAUCGUAAGGAGGAGGAUGAGAAGGAUAAGGAGAAUAAGAAGGAUGAGGUGAAUAUGGAGGAUGUGGAGGAUGUGGAGAAUGUGGAGAAUGAGAAGGAUAAGGAGAACAUAAAGAAUGAGGUGAAUAUGGAUAAUAUGGAAAAUAAGGAAGAUGAGGAGGAUGAAAGUAAAAACAAAAAACUUAUCGAAACAAUUACUCGUUUUAUUAUUUGGUCUAUUCUACAUGGUAUAAUUGUUACAGAAUUAUGGAUAUUUCCAAUAAGUGCUUAUUUCACGAAAUUUUACUUGUUAUUAUACAUAAACUGUGUGACAUUAAUUUUCCGUUACGAUUCACCUAAAGGUAUCAAAUUUGGAGUUGUAUAUUUAAAAAUUGUGUAAAUAUUUAUCAACAUUUUGUAAUUU